CGUAGUUUCCGGUGACGCAUGCGCAUUGCCGCACAUUGCGAGCUAGUAGCAUAGUUGUCAAAGACUCCUGUGAGAACAUUUAAAAAAAAAAAAAAACCCGUGGAAUUGCACCUAAAACGCGCUGUGAAAUGUUUCGUAGAAAGCUAACAGCUCUAGAUUAUCACGAUCCUAACGGCUUUGACUGUUCAGAUGAAACUCAGUUCAGAAACUGCAUCGUGUGGCUGGAGGACCAGAAGAUCAGACACUACAAGAUCGAGGACAGAGGCAACCUGAGGAACAUCCCCAGCGCAGACUGGCCCAAAGCCUACGAGAAGUACCUGCAGGAUCUGAACUGUCCGUUUGGAGUCCAGGAGCGGAAGGAGGCUGUGGACUGGUUGCUGGGCCUGGCUGUGCGUUACGAGUACGGGGACAACGUGGAGAAGUACAAGAACUGCCAGCCGUUGGCAGCUUCGGGUGUGAGCGAUAAACCGGCGGAUCCUCUCGUCAACCUGGACUGCAAUGCUCCGGAUUUCAAAGCAGGAGUUACAGCUCUGGCAAACAUCCUCAAGAUUCAAAGACACGACGAUUACCUGGUCAUGCUCAAGGCCGUCCGUAUUCUGAUCCAGGAGAGACUUUCGCCCGAGGCCAUCACUAAAGCCAACCAAAGCAGAGAGGGAGUUCCUGUAGCUUUAGACAAGCACGUUUUGGGUUUUGACACCGGAGACGCGACCCUGAACGAAGCGGCUCAGAUCCUGCGCCUGCUGCACAUCGAGGAGCUGAGGGAGCUGCAGACCAAGAUCAACGAGGCCAUCGUCGCCGUUCAGGCCAUCAUCGCCAACCCCAAAACGGACCACCGGCUGGGCAAGGUCGGCAGAUGAGGAGGACGAAGAGGUCGGCUGUGGGGGGAGCGAAGGACUAAACCACAAGAGGGUUUUAAUUUAACUUUCUGGGUGGGGGGGGGGGUAGUUUUGUUGGAAAAGUCCGAGGGACUGUUUAGUUUUUGCAUGAGAUGAAGCUGUUUUAAACAAGGAUCCAGAUUUCAGAUGCGUCUUUUUUUUUUUUUCUACCUCAAAGGAUGAGCCGAAACAAAAACUACGGUGUUCGUGCUCUGACGCGUCCUCGGGUCAUAUUCGUGGAACGAGCAAAUGUUUUCAGGAGUUUUAUGUUUGGUCGGGACUUUUUGUCUUGUGGUUGUCUGAUGGUUUAUCUCUACAAAUACAAAAACAAAAAAAAACCCGUCUUAUUGUAACGUCUCAGUAAUGACUUCGAGCAGUGCAGAAAAAUACAGUAGGAUUAUAGUUAUUUUUAGUAAAAUAAAAAUACCCAGUAACGUAAAAUUUAAUUUUCCAAAAACCACAUGUUAAAUGCUGAAGCUGGACAAACGUAUGUA